AUGCAUUCUUCGGGGUCACGGCCACGAGUGUCUCGGUGGCCGCGGGGCCUGCUGCGAGGCCCGCCAUCCGCCCUCCUCGCGCUCCUGGCGGCAGCACUGGGAGGCGAGGGUCGCUGGCCUGACUCCUGGCAGGCGCGAGGCUGGGUGGCCCAGGCGGCUGUCGAGUACCCCGACGGUGGAGACGAGGACCUCGGAGGGGCGGAGGCCGUCGUGCCCGCGCCCGUGGAGGACGGGGCCGCGCUGAUCGCCCCAUUGGCGGUGGCUCUGGGCAAAUGCUACUGCAGCACGUGCUACACAGCGGGCGGCCUUGAGCGGUGCCGGUUCGCGGUGCGGGCGCUGCGGGUCUCCAGCGCAGAGCCGCCGCUGCGCUUCGCGAAGGCCGAGUUCCUCUUCAGCGGCGACGGCCACUGGGACUGGGUGGCCAGCCACUUUGGGCAGCCGAGCGCGGUGACAGAGCGCCCGCUCAUCCACGGGUGCUGGGAGAACCCGUGCUCAGUCGUGGAGGGGCGGGUGACGAGCACCGAGCUGAUCCACGUGGCGGACGGGGAGGAGCUUGGCUUCACGGACCUGCGGGCGCUGUUCGUCGAGUGCCAGGAGGCGAACCCAGAGGCGGCCUGGCCAGCAGCAUGCCUCGGGCCGCUGGUCGCCGCCGCCCCCCCCGCGAGGCCCGCUGCGGUGGCCAAAGCGACGGGUCGCCCGCCAGCCGCAGCAGGUCCUCCCUGGGCCCCGCCUGGCGCUGCCCCCUUCGACGGCUUCCGCUGCGUAGGAGGCUCGUCGCGCGGCCCUGGCUCAGAGCGGGCCGCAGACGGGGAGGCAGCUGCCGCGGGCGGCCUGGGAGGCAAGCUCGCAGGGGCUCGCGUGCGCCUCGAGGAGGGGAAGCGGGCUGCUGGAGACUUGGACCUGGACGGCUUCCCCCUCGGCGCAGAGGCGGCUGGCGAGGGGCCUGCAAAGAAGCGGUCGCUCGGGGACCUGCUGGUCGAGCGCGCCGCGAAGCUCAAGAGGGCCGCCUCGGACGCGGGCCCCCGAGGGUCAGGGGACCCUGUGUCCGAGCGGGCGCCGCCAGGAGCGGGUCUGAGCGGCGGCAUGGCGGAGCUGGCGCGGGCGCUCGCGAUGGCCAUCCGCGUGGGCAAGGAGGCCCCCCCUGGCGACAUCGGCGGGGGCGGCCUCGGCUCCUUGGACCCCGCGGCUGUGCCGCGCGACCUGGCCGCGAGGAGGGCCUUCUGUAGUCGAAUGGCAGCCGCCUCCCCGGGCCGCCUCACGGAGCCGAGCCAGCAGCAGACGUUGGAUGCGGCCGUCGACGCGACGGGCCCGAUCGCGCUGCGGUACCUCCUCACGAUUUACCUGCCGCAGGGUCCGGUGAAGGAGAUCGGCGCGCAGACGCACCGCGAGCUCCGCACCCUCGCGGAGGCGGCGGCGAAGUGGUUGGAGCUGAUCCCGCCGCGCGACGAGCCCACGGCCAUCUGGACCGAGGAGGAGGAGCCCAUUCGCAGCAUCCAGCUCGGCGAGAUGAGGUUGGACGAGCUCUCCGCGCGCCUGGCCUCCGCCAAGACGUCGGCCCCGCCGCCGUGGAAGAUGUCCUUCGCGGAGAUGCGGAAGGAGUUCCUGAAGCAGUCGGGGGAGGGCGUCGCGGGGCCCCCGCUGGCCACUGCGUUGCAGUGCUGGUCCGACGAGCUCUCCCUCGGCUUCGGCAAGAACAUCGUCGCGGUCGACCUGGCGGCGCAGCUGGCGGCAGCGGAGGUGGGCCGCUGGCUGGCCCACAGCAUCUUGCCCAAGGCACGUAGGUGCCGCCGCCGCGCCGCGGCGCGGGAGGUCAGCGAGCAGGCGUGGCUGCACCUCAGCGUGGUGGUGCUCGACUGUGCGUUCUGCGGGCGCGCGCAGGAAGGCUGGCGCCACAGGCCGACCCUGUCGAAAGCGCAGACGCGGGUCUACGUGCACUUGAAGAGCCGAGUGGCGGCCCUGGCGGAGGACCCGCUCGCCAUGGUCGUGGCCCUUGCGAUCGACGAGCUGGCGUGCGGCUGCGGAUCAGCGUGCGAGGACGAGACGGGCGUGAAGGCCCUUCCCUGCCGGCUCUACGAGCUGGCCCCUGGCCUGCCCGCGCGGGAGUGCGCUGCCACGCUCGACGCGAUCGACUUCGUUGACGACGAGGUCGGCGCUUGGCUGCGCCGCCCCGAGCUGGCGCUCCUCGACCAGUCCGACUGGCCCGACCCGCUGCCGCGGGCCCGCGUGAGCGUGGAGACGGAGGCGGACUGGGAGGAGCUGGCGUUGCACUUCGUGUCGCUCAGCAUCUUCACCGCGCUCGCGGAGAGCGAGCUGGUCUGCGUGAGGGGCGAGCCCGAGCUGAACGGCCUGUUCGCGGUGGAGAAGAUGGGCACCCCAGCGCUUGGCGCCACGCGGGUCACCAGGCUCGUCCCCAGCAUGGUACCAGGCGACUCGCUCCUGAAGGCCCACGUGGGCGAGGCGGCGCUGCUUGCGGCCUCGACGUCCUGGACGUCGGUCGUGACCCCCGAGGGGAAGCUGCUGCUGUGGGCGGGCGACGACCAGAAGGGGGCCUCCUUCGUGUGGCGGGCCCCGCCCGCGUGGCACCCCUGCAUGGCCGUGGGGCGGCCGCUCGCGGGCAAGCUGUUUGGCCGCUCGGAGCCCGUCGCCUACGUGACCUCGGCUGUCAUCGCCAUGGGCUGGUCGCUCGCGGCGCCCGUUUUCCAGCACAUUCACCGACGGCUGUGGCGCCUGGCGCCGCCCCUCGGGGCGGGGCUUCCCCCAGGCGGGGAGUGGCGCAAGGAUUGCGCGCGGCCCCUGGUCGAGGCAGGCAGCGGCCAGGGCGCUGGCUGGUGGCAGGUCUACAUCGACGACUUCGAUGCGCCGGAGAUCGUCGAGGAGGUGUUGGCCCGCAAUCUCGUGGGGGCCCCGAGCGACCUCCAGCUGCAGGUCUACGCCAGCUACGAGAGGGCGAGCGCCUCCUUCUCGGCCAAGAAGGCGCACUGCAGGCAGCUGAAGGUCGAGCGCAUGGGCGCGGACGUCGACGGCGUCAGCGGGCGCCUCGCGGUCCCCGCCUCCAAGGCGCUGACCACUGCGGGCCUCUGCUUGGCCGCGGUGCAGCGGCGCCUGGUCCCGUGGCGCGUCGGCAUGGCGGCCCUCGGCGAGCUCGCGAGGGCCUUCGAGUUCAGGCGGCCACUCUUCGGGGUCCUGAGCUCCGUCUGGACGCUGGCUGCGUCCUCAGCGCAGGAGGCUUACCUGGACGCGGAGAUGGUGGAGGAGCUCCUCAUGGGCGUGAUGGUCCUGCCGCUGGCCGCCUCCUCGCUGCGGGCGCGCAUCGACGGCAUGGUCACGUCCUUGGACGCGUCGGAGAUGGGCGGCGGCGUGUGCACGUCAGCCGGCCUGCGCGAGGAUGUCGCCGCCGCCUUGCAGGUGCCGAGGACGGUCCUCGACCAGCUGGGGAUAGGGGCCAGGCUCCUCAACAUGCCCGAGGACCCCGCCCGACCGUGGGCGGCAGCCAACCCACGCGUCCCCGCCAGGGCAGUCCGCAGGAUGUUGUCGGUGCUGCUCAUCGGCCUGUUGGACGGCAUCGGAGGCCUCGCCGUCGCCUUCUCGAGGCUGCCCCUCCGCAUCGCGGCCUACGUCGCGGCCGAGACGGACGUCAAGGCGAGGCGCGUUGUCAGGCUCCGCUGGCUAGGUGUCAUCGGCGGGGGCGACGUCACCCGCGUGGGCAGCGAGACAGUGCGGGACCUGUUCGAGGACCUGUCACGCCUCAACGUCGGCGGGCGCGGCCUCAGCGGCAGGAAGUCCUCGCUGUUCCACGAGGUGCCGCGUAUUCUGGCUCUCCUCGCCGCCGUCUUCAAGGACAGACUCGUUUGGUUCGUGGAGAACGUGGCCAGCAUGCCCGACGUCAGCGUGGAGCUGAUCUCGGAGGCGCUGCAGGCGAGACCGACGCUGGUGUGCUCGUCGGUGUUCGUGCCGUGCUGCAGGCCGCGCCUGUUCUGGACGAGCUGGGGCGUCUCCGCAUCGGCGCCUCUUCGGCUGACCGACCGCGGGGUCUACAACGAGCUGGUGAGCCCUGGCGUCCUGCUCAUGGACCUCGCGUGGGAGGACGAGGGCCGCUCUUGGCCAGGGGGACCGAGGUGCACCUCCCUAGCCACCAAGGGCUCGCACCCUCAGGACCAGGCGGCGGCCUUCGUCACGGAGCCAGGGGAGCCGGACGCUGCGGAGGCGAGGCAGCCGGUCCUGCACUACCUCAGCCGCGCGGAGGAGGGCGAGUCGGACGUCAGGCUGGACUACGGCGUCCCCUGCCGCCCGCGAGGUUGGCCAAGGACGAGCCUGAACCCGUUCGUGUGGAAGUGGCGCGUGGUGAUCAGCAUGGCCUGGCCCAGCCAGAGCUUCACCCACAUAAAUGAGAGAGAGCUGCAGGCGGCCACGUCGGCGAUCAGGUGGCGCGCCCGCAAGGUCGGGAAGCACGGGAGCAGGUUCUUGCACCUCGUCGACAGCCAGGUGGUCGCGGCCAUCGUGACAAGGGGCCGCAGCAGCAGCAGGAAGCUCCAGCCCAUCUUGAUGCGCUGGAUGGCCGUCGUCGUGGCGGCCGACAUGUACCCACUGAUCGGCUACGUGGUCUCGUCGUGGCUCGAAGCCCAGGAGGCGAGGGCGACCCGUGCCGUGCGCGCGGCCGCUCACCGCAGGCCCGUGCCCGUGAGGCGCCGCGGGACGGACCCCGAGUACGCCGACGCCCUCGUCGCGGAGUACCUCGAGGGCCUGUGGGCCUUUGGUGCGGGCGUCGCGGCCGCCAGCAACACUCUGGCAGAGGUGUGCUUCGCGGCGCCUCGCCUAAGGCGACACCUCGACCUGAGCUGGACUCUCCUCAAAACAUGGAGGCAGCAUGAGCCAGCGUCCAGGGUGCUGCUGCUCACGACCCAGGCCGUCGCAGCCAUGGCGGGGUUCGCUUGCGCGGCAGGCGCUUUCGACGUGGCCGCCCUCCUUCUCGUCGACCUUGAGGGCAUGCUCCAAGGCGCGGAGGUGUUUGCCCUGACGGUGGGCGACAUCGUCUACCGCAGCGAGCUCUUCGUGGUCCAGAUCAGCUCGUCCAAGACCACGGCUGGCAGGAACUGCGCAGAGGCAGUCGUCGUCCGCAGCCAGAUGGCCGUGGCGCUCCUGCAGAUUGCGGUCCGCAACCUUGGUGCAGGUGCGCGGCUCUCCACCGCACGCCUGCGCAUCAAAGGCGCGGUGGCCGGCUCAGUGCACGCCCAGCCCGGAGCGAGGCAGCCCGCGCCGUUGCGCGAGGACUGCGGCUCCUGCAGCUGGCCACUGUAA